UUAUAUUCGGCCAACACCGGUUGCUAAGUUAUCUCUCUUAGUGACUCUCCAUCAUUCAUUGUAAAUCUGUUUCUUUCAAAAACCUUCCCUCCUCAUCUUCAUCCUCUCUCUCCCUAUAGAUAUAUCUAAUCUACAUGUGUUUAGUAUAUAAUACUAUAUCACCUUAUAUACACUACUAUGUAUAUCCAUUAUCGGAAUUUGUUGGAGGUGUGAGACUAGCCACCUUGUCCAGUGGUCCUGUGAACAUCAGAAGAGAAAGUUUAAGGAAACAUCAUCCUCUCUCCUCUUCACAUACAGAACUGCCGUUCCCACUUGAGUGAUGACAUCUUGGAGCAGAAAGACAACAUCACUCGGUGGAGUCUAGUCUACUGGAAACUAAGAUCUCGUAGCAAAGUAGCUGUGUGUUGUAUGAUUGUUCCACUGCUGGAUCUUCUCAAACUCUUUCCUCAUGUGAUAUCAUGGAUAUAAAAUGGAGAUUGGCAAUUAGAGAAAGAUCUCACAGGAGAAUAUUGUUGAAAUCUAUUCUUUAUUAACCUGACAAUAACACAGCAAGGUAUUCUGUCAUAGCAAUCUACAAGGUAUAUCAGCCCACAAGAGGAUACCAUAUCAUAUUACAACAUAAUACUAUACAAUAUUAUACUGUAUUAUAUAAUCAACCAAGAGGAUAUCAUGCUAUAUUAGCCUACAAAAGGAAUUUUUUAUUUGUAUUUCUGUUUUUCUUUCAAAUUUUAAACUGGAAACCAAAGGUUACCUCUGUAGUGUGUAUGACAGGUUUAUAGUAGCAGUGUGUUGUACAUAUUAGGAGUGUGUGGCGUUUACUAGAGGUGUGUAGUACAUUGGAGAGAAGCGGGUGUGCUGUGUCUGGUAGGAGAAGCACUUCUCAAAAAUGCAGUUUCCUCAAAGGGAAGCUCGAAACCUGCAUCUGCAGGUGGGGGAGCAGGUAUUUCCUGAGACUAUCGGUCAAGAACAGCGACAUCCAGCACACCAUCACCACCAACACCACCAUCAGCAACACCAACAUCAACCGCAUAGUCACUACUCCAGCAACCAGCCGACUCAAUACAACAAUCCAAAGAUUAAUUACAAUGGCACUUCGGUGAAAGAUUCCAGUGACAAAAGAAAUAAAAGAUCUGCACAUUCUGGCAUGGCCGAUGCUGGCAGCAAGGAUACGACUUCUUCAUCAUCAGUGACAUCUCAUUCACAAAACCUUUUCCUGCAAUCACACUCAGCUGUCAAGAAGAACUCUAUUUGUAGCCCUAGCAGCAGCAACAACACUAACAACAACAGCAGUGGCUCAGGUGGGGGAGGUAAAGGCAGUUCUGGCCUGAAACUGAACCUGAGUUCCAGUGGUCACUACAGCCUCAACAGCAGCACUCUCAGCAACAGUGUUCUCAAUGCCAGUGUCUUUAACUCAAAGCCAUUGUUUUCAGUGCAGAAAUCUCAGCAACAUCAGCAGCUGCAGCAGCAACAACAACAACAACAACAAACUCAGCAACAACAACAACAGACUCAACAACAACAACAUCAGCCGCCACAACGACACCAGCAUCACUCCUACACCAAAUACUCUCUCAACAAACCAUUUCAUUGUAACAUAUGUGGCAAUCCAUUCUUGCGUCGUCGAACUAUGGAAGUCCACGAGAGAACCCACAGCGGUAUCCGACCCUUCGGUUGCAGUAUGUGUUCGCGCCGUUUCUUCCAAAAAGACAAGUUAAUCAUUCACGAAAGAACUCAUACUGGAGAGAGACCCUUUGGCUGCGUGUUCUGCUCGAAACGCUUUGCUCGUCGCGACACCCUAAAUAUCCAUAUCAGAAUCCACACAGGGGAGAGGCCCUACGUGUGCAGUUACUGCUCAAAGGGUUUCUCUCAGAAAGACAAAUUACAGAUACAUGAACGAACUCAUUCCGGUGUCAAACCGUAUCAUUGUUCUAUUUGUGAAAAACUGUUUGCACGAAAAGAUGCGUUAAACGUGCAUCUGCGAACCCAUUCUGGAGAGAAGCCCCAUCGCUGUGAAUUCUGCGGGAAACAAUUCUCCCAACGAGACAAACUAAUGCUGCACAAACAAACGCAUUCUACUUAAUAGUUCACCCCAUUUCUGACUCAUUUCAUUUUCAUAGUUGUUUCAUUUUAACCAGGUACAUAUUGUCUGUAAAUAUAUAUUUGUGUAUGUGUGUGUGUGUAUACAUAUGUGCAUGUGUGUUUCAAUGACUAUGAUAAUCCACCAAAGAUCACUGUGUUCAAAUCCUGGAUAUUAACAUGAACAGUGUACAGAAGUAACUACAAAGCUGUAUAUAUAUAUAUAUAUAUAUAUAUAUAUAUAUAUACACACACACACAUACAUAUAGAUACAUACACACACAUAUGUAUAGAUAUAUAUUAUUAACUCAGCAUUAUGAAUUAUGAGCCAAUUACAGUCAAAAUAUCAUUGAAAUGUUUUGUAUUCCGUUGUCUGUUCCAAGUGUAAAGGAACAAUCCCAAAUACUCCCCAUACAGAGGUUACAGCGUUCCUUUGCACUGAAGGUACGAAAGACAACAUCUGGUCAAAAAAGAAACGAAAAGCUUUUUGGUAGCAUUAAUAAAAACCUGAACUAAAUGCUGAGAACAUUAUGAUGCAAAAUAUAAUUACAUAUAAUAAUAAUCAUAAUAAAACAAUAUGAGUGCUUCCAGCUGUCUGCUCCUUUUUUCCUGGCUCAUGACCCCUUCCCUAGACAUCUUGUAUUCUUCUGUUCAACACAGGGUAUUUUGUGAUGGUCUGCCAUGUGACUUGUGUUUUAUAUAUUUACUCUUGGCAGUGUACUACACACUGUCACUGAAAAUUAUAUAUAUUACUGCAGUAUGGAUUUGUAUAAUCUUGGUUUUUCCACCAAAAAUAUACCAACUCCUUCAAACGAACAUUAUACAAAGGAAGCUGCUAGAGAAGAUGAAUGACCUCAUCAGGCAAAAGAGAUGGAAAGCUGCCUUCUAUCAUGACUACACACAACCACUCACAGAUUCUGAGUAUUUUGGGAUUAAGUCUUGAAGAGUCUCACUCAGGACCGAGGAAAAUUGGAAACCUUUGAAACUGACUGCUUGGUUCCCAUAUCCAGAUUGAAAAGUCUGUAAGUUCUCUGUUCCCUUCUAACACAAGUUUAGCUCUGACAUGAGCAGAUGACAAAAUUCAGAGAAGUCUUUGUCCUAUUCCGAUAAGACUGAAGGCUUAUACAGGAUAGGAAAUGAGAACUGGGAUAUGCUACUAAGAAAUAAUAUUAUUUAGAAGUCCUGUGGGGGAUAUUCGAUCAGGUUUACAUCAGCAUCAAUAGGGAAACCCAACAGGACAGCUGUUAAUUUAGAUAGGGAUGAUGGGGUAAAGACUUUUAUAACAAUCUUUUAGCAUUUAAAACAGUUAUAUCUGACCCAAAUAUGUUCAAACCAGCUGGAUCUGGCCUCUCACACCUACCCUACAAUGUCAUUUUAAAAAUAAACAAUCUGUUGUCAAAAUCUUGAAGCUACAAGAUAAUCCAUGAUUAAUUUGAAAGCUAAGGGGUUAAAGAUAAUAUAUUGAACUUUGUUGAUUAAAUCUGCUAAGUUAAAGAUCGAUUUAGUGAGUAAACAUCUUCUCAGAAGAUCAAUAAUGACAUGAGGAGAAUCUCUCCUCUGGCACAACACCUGUGAUGCCAAUUGUGUUAGAGACGGUAAGGUUUACCUGAUUUGAUAUUGUGGAUUUUGAUCCAUUUACUAAACUCUCUAUUGACUGAUAAUGAUAGGGAUACAGGGAUAACUUCACACCGGGGAAACCCUGCCUCAACAAGGGAUUAUCUUGGCUCAAAUGAAUGGACUGUUUAAUCUGUACAUGCAGUUUUUAACAACCUAAUUGGACCUCCCUUCUCUCUUACAUUCUAUACUCUGUGUCAUAAAUCUACAUAAGCAUGCUCUUUGUCUCUUGGCUUUUCAAUACCAAUCAAGUGCUAUAAUUCUGGAAGCAUUCAUAAUCUCGCUUUCUCUCUCUCUCUCUCAUAUAUAUAUAUAUGUGUGUGUGUGUGUGUUAGGCUUCACCUAUGUCACUGGUACACAUUUACAGCUGAGUGGACUGGAGCAGCAUGAAAUGAAGUGUUUUGCUCAAGAAUACAAUAUGUCAGUGUUUUUCUUUUUUUUUUUUUUCCUGCUCCCUGGGACAGAUGUUGGCUUCUUUAUUUCUUUAGGACAAAAGAAUUCGGGCUAGACACUUCUAGCUGUCUAAUGAAUAUUUUGUUUUAUUGGAUCGGGAGCAUUCUGGACAUGACAGGUUCAUAAUUUGUGAUACUGGUUCAAUAAUGAUAAUGGUUUCAAAUUUUGCCAUAAGGGCAGUAAUUUUGGGGGGAGGGGGGAGUCGAUUUGAUUGACCACAGUACACAACUGGUACUCAAUUCAUUGACCCUAAAAGGAUGAAAGGUAAAGUCAACCCUGGUGGGAUUUGAACUCAGAAUGUGAAAACAAACGAAACACUGCUAAGCAUUUCGCCUGGCAUGCUAACCACUCUGCCAGCUUGCAGCCUUAAUAAUAAUAAUAAUAAUUUCAAAUUUUAUGCCACGAGGGAAGCUUGGAGGAGGUGGGAAUGAGUCAAUUACAUCGACCCCAGUGUUCAACUGGUACUUUUUUUUUUAUUGACCCUGAAAGGAUGAAAGACAAAGUUGACCUCGAUGGAAUUUGAAUUCAGAACAUAUUUGUUUUUAUGUUUAGUUACAAUAAAAUCAAUUUUACAUGGGACUGAA